AUGGAACGAAUAGCUAAGUCAAUCUUAUUUAUUAAAAUUUCUGCGUUUAUCCUUUUAACUGGGAUAUGUCAUUUUAAAAAUGAUGUGAACACGUUUAAUAAAUCCAUAAAUAAAGGCUACACGCUUGGCAGAAAAUUAGAUAUAAAAACUUUUAGAUUACUGGCAAAAUGUAAGCAGAAUAAGGAUUCAAAUAUUUUAGAGUUAAAACAAAAUAUACAAAACAAUACAAAGUGCAAAAAAAAGGAUAUAUCUAUUAAUGAAAAGGGGGACAAAGAUAAAAACAAUAAAUAUAAUAAAAGUUCAUUAAAUAAGGCACAAUACUAUACCGAAGUUAUAGAUUAUAAUAAUGGAAUGUUUGAUGGAAAACAUUUCCAUUUUGAAAAAAAAUGGAUUAGAAAAAAAGAUUACGAUCUUUUUAUUCAGAAAAACAGGAGAAUUAUAGAUAUAAAUUUAAAAAAAAUCAAAUUUAGAAACUACGGAUUUGGAGUUGCUUUAUUUUUUCUUUUUUUCAUACUUGGAAUUGGAAUACCAAUAUUACCAGCAAUAAAUCCUUUGAAUGAAGUAUGGAAGUCACUUGACAGUAAUACAUCAUGGAAAGAGUGGAAGGAAGCUAUAGAUGGUUUCGUAAACUACUUAGGAGACUAUGCUUUUACAAUAUUAUUCACAGUAUUUAUCGUUAUAUUAUCUGUUAUUCUUAUAAUAGCGAUUUAUAGGAUCUUAAGAAAUAAUGAAAAAUAUACAAAAAUGAAGUUAAUAAUGGAGUAA